UGUGAGUGUGAGUACGAGUCUGUUAUAGUAUCUGUUACCUGUGCGCCGCUAUCUCUUCGCCGACGACGUUAUUUACCGUUCGACUCUCAUCGCGGGGACCACGCGUCAUGGCCGGCUGCGAUCUCGAUCUGCUAAGUUAGAAAAUGGACUUACGAACAAAGUAACCCACGAUGAACGACGCCAUCAAACGAAGCGAUGUUGACCAAUAGCUACGUCUUGAUAUAUUUCUGCGCGGUCGCCUGUUGCACCGCCCAAAAGCUGACCUUCCAACAGCUUUUGCCCAACAGAAACAAUGGCAGAAACGUCCGAAUGACGCCGGCCGUGAGCGAAGACAUCGUCAUGACACCUGGACCCACAGGUAUCAGGAGGCAACCAUCGUUUCCAGGAUCGAUGCCGUUCCCGUGUAAGAACAUGACGUCUCCGGGAUUAGGUAGAAGCUCGGUCCGGCCGACCAGCGUGCACAGGCUCCGACCCGGUGACAUUGACGUGGUGGGCGCAAUGGGAGACAGUCUGGUGGCCGGAAACGGCGCGCUCGAGGAGUUCGCUAUGGGAACGUUGAUCGAAUACAGAGGAGUGUCUUGGGCAGCAGGCGGCGAAGCUACGUGGCGGAACUACCUGACACUGCCCAACAUUCUCAAGGAAUUCAACCCCGGGCUAAAGGGCUAUUCCGUAGGAAAAGGCGAAUUUCUCGCGCCCAACUCUCACAUGAACGUCGCUUUCCCCGUGUCGGCCGACUACGACGCGUACAGGCAGGCGCAGUUCUUGGUGAAGAAGAUGAAAAAAGACCCGGACGUGGAUUUUAAAAACGACUGGAAGUUGAUAACCAUGUUUUUCGGCGCCAACGACUUGUGUUCGGGACAGUGUUACGACAAGGACGGCACGACUCCGUUGCAGCACAGCAAGAAACUGCAAAAAGCGUUAGACUACCUCCAGGCCAAUCUUCCCCGGACGUUCGUGAACCUCGUACCCGUCCUAGACGUGUCGGUCAGCGUACGCGUGAAGAGGUCGUUCAUGUGCCAUAUGCUACACAGAUUUUUCUGUACUUGUUUCCACCAAAAGGGAAACGAAAUGGAUCAGAUAACGCAAAUGGUCCGAGAUUAUCAGACUGCCGAACAGAUUUUGAUCAACAGUGGUAGAUACAACAAAAAAGAAGACUUCACUGUAGUUAUCCAACCGUUCAUCAAACUGUUCAAUGCGCCGCUGGACAAGAAGCGACAAUUCGAAGAAGUCAUAGACAUAUCGUUCGUCACCUACGAUUGUUUCCAUUUCAGCCAAAAGGGACACGCUUUAGCUGCAAAUUUGCUGUGGAACAACAUGAUGCAACCCGUCGGAUCAAAAUCAGAGACCACGAUGGACUUCAUCAUGAAGGACUUCGUCUGUCCGACGGUCCGCAGCCCGUAUAUAUUCACUGCCAACAAUUCGGCGCCGUUGGAUUAUCAAAACGAUAACAGGCUUAGAUGAACGAACAAUCGUACAACAUCAUUCCAGUCGUAAAAAAUACGCGAAGACACACACGUAGAUUAUGAGUACAUGCAUAAUUUAUAAUUAUCGUUUUUAAAUUGUUUUAUACUGUGUAUACAUUAUUAUUUUUUCUUAUGUUUUCUCAACGUUCUUUUAUUAUUAUUAUUAUUAUUUUAAGAGUUGCAUAUGAUUUUAUACUUGUACACAAGUGUGUACGCCACGCCACGUCAACGAGUUCCGACUUCCGAGAAUUCCGGCAAGCCAUUAUUAUUAUAAUAACGUACACAUAGAUAAUAUAUAAUAUUAUAAUAUGAAAAAAAUUGCAUUUCCUCCCAUCGUAUACACAUAUUGCAACGCGUGUUUAUCCUAUCCGCUCUGGAAUUUCUGACCGUAUUUGACGUCAGAUACCACUAAAAUACCAGGUACAACCUAUACCUAAAGACUUUUUUUUUUUUAUUUUAUUUUUUUUCAUAUUUAUAUGUUUUUCUCGUCUCUUACACAAUAUGUGGUCAUAUAAGUAGUCACUGAAAUUACCAUAGCGUAUAUACAUGGUAUUAUAAUUGUUUUUACGAUGAUGUUUAUUGAUAUAACAAUACAAUAAAAACAUGUAUUAUAAUAAA